UUAGAAAAGUAAAGUCCCCCACACGGGUGGACCACAUCUUCCCGCUAGACUCGUUUAUAACGGCAGGCAGCCUUGGCGAUAUACAGCUUACCUACAAUUUUGUUACUCUUCUGCUUAAGUUAAACCCCAGAAAACAGAGCCAGGACAGGACGAGCCUGAGAAUUUUUAUCUAUUCUUGUGCAAUCUGGAUUUUUCUGAAACGGAAGAUAUUUUACUUUGUUUACAACCAGAUCGGGGCUGGAUUUCUGUCCGGGAGGCCGAAUUUUGGGGUGGAAUAGAGGCUGGAGAAGAAGGGGUUUUUCUGUGUGGAGAAUACUAGGUUUUGGAGUAGUUGAUGCGUAAGAAGAGAGUGCCAUGGAAGGGGGCGCUGCAGCAGCUGACGGUCAAAUACAGGGAAUUUUAACCCACGGCGGGCGCUAUGUAAUGUACAAUAUCUUUGGCAACCUGUUUGAGGUUUCUACUAAGUAUGUUCCACCCAUUCGACCCAUCGGCCGCGGCGCUUAUGGCAUUGUUUGCUCAGCGGUGAAUUCAGAGACAAAUGAGGAAGUUGCUAUCAAGAAAAUUGGAAAUGCAUUUGAUAACAGAAUAGAUGCGAAGAGGACUCUUCGUGAAAUAAAGCUUCUAUGCCACAUGGACCAUGAAAAUAUUGUUGCAAUUAAAGACAUCAUUCGACCACCCCAAAAGGAAAAUUUUAAUGAUGUUUAUAUUGUGUAUGAGCUCAUGGACACAGAUCUCUACCAGAUAAUACGUUCCAAUCAGCCUUUGACAGAGGAUCAUUGUCAGUAUUUCUUAUAUCAGUUAUUGAGAGGGCUCAAGUACAUACAUUCAGCAAAUAUUCUUCAUCGAGAUUUGAAGCCCAGUAACUUACUUCUAAAUGCAAACUGUGAUCUAAAGAUAUGUGAUUUUGGGCUUGCACGAACUACAUCAGAGACAGACUUUAUGACAGAAUAUGUUGUCACUCGCUGGUAUCGAGCACCGGAGCUACUUUUAAACUGUUCUGAGUACACAGCUGCUAUUGACAUUUGGUCAGUUGGUUGCAUAUUUAUGGAAAUACUGAAGCGGGAGCCCUUGUUUCCUGGGAAAGAUUAUGUUCAGCAAUUAAGGCUUAUUACUGAGUUAAUUGGUUCACCAGAUGAUUCUGAUCUUGGUUUCUUGCGAAGUGAUAAUGCUCGAAGAUAUAUCCGUCAACUUCCACAAUUUCCUAAGCAGUCUUUUGCUCAGAGAUUUCCCAACAUGCCUCCUACAGCUGUAGAUUUGCUUGAAAGAAUGCUUAUAUUUGAUCCAAGCAAGCGUAUUACAGUUGAACAGGCCUUGAGUCACCCUUACUUGGCAAGUCUGCAUGACAUUAAUGAUGAACCCAGCUGCCCUGCACCUUUCAACUUUGAUUUUGAACAGCCCUCAUUCACCGAGGAGAAUAUAAAAGAGCUCAUUUGGAGGGAGUCUCUUAACUUAAAUCCAGAUAUGAUGCAAUAGGUGGAGCAAACAGACUUGCCUAUUUGAACCCUUCUUCAAUGGCUGUGUUAUUAUAAUAGGCUAUAUGAUCUUUUAAAUAGGUUGUUAUUGCCUUCAAGUUCUGAAGGUUGGCAGAUCAUAUUACAGGCGUGAAUGGACUUAUUUAUUGGAUUUAGUUUUCCUACUAUUCUUGGAAGGUCUGUAAUAGCGUGCCCAUGGAUAUGUUUACUAAUCCAAAUAGAGAUUGUUGGAUUGUGCAUUUCUGACCUGAGCUGGCAUGUUCUCUUUUACUUGAUUAUUGGGGGAAGACAUCAAACUGUAUUCAGGAAUCUAAUAAUGUAAAGUAGCUGCUUUGUCAGAGGAGAGCAUGAAAUUCUCUUUUUUCAAGAACAUGUUUUGUGACAUUAAGGUGUGUAGCAAGUUGGAUAUGCUGCCAUUGUUGGCACUAACUUGCGUGCUUGUAGGCAUCACUCUUGAAGAAUAUAUAAUUUGAAAGUUGGUGGGCUGAAAUUCACCAGUACGAUUGUGCUUAGUGAUCGCUUUCACCUGUAUGAUAAUCUAAUUAUUGUUAAACUGUUUUCUCAA